AUGGUUAAGUCAGGGGAGUGGCAAGGCAUUUUUAUGUUUUGGAAGCAUCACUGUGCCAGGAAUGGACUGGAGAGGAGCAGAACUAUAUGCAAGGAGACUAGCUCAGAAAUUAUAUUAUCUGGGUUUAAAAAGGCAGUAGUUAUAGGGAUUAAAGGAAGUAGAUUGCAAAGAUUUAGUAAUCAGCUAAAUACGAGUGCUGAAGAAACAAGACAAUUAGGGUUGGCUGCUAGGUUUCUGACGUGGGCAAUUGGGUACACCCUCUGUGUGCUCCAGCAGAUGGUAGUGCUUCCCCUGGCAUUGUGA